CUUCCCCACCUGUAGCCUCGUUGGUUCACGGGACCCUGCCACGUCAGCACUCAACGUUGUGAUUGGUCGACGCACUCCCAUGGACGUUGUCAGGGUAUCUUCCUGGAAACCCGCUUCUUCUUCCUCUUCUUCCUCCUCUUCUCCCUCCUCCUCUUUCUCCUCCUCCUCCUCGUCCUCCUCCUUCUCAUCCUCCUCUCCCCCGACCUCUGACCCUCCUGCGCUUUCCACAUACCAACCUCCCACCUCCGAACCUAAAUCCUUGCCGAACCACCCACCCGAACCUACAAACUCAGCUUCGGGCCAAGCCGCUGUCCUAGCUUCGGCAUCUCCUCUCUCCUCCUCCACCCCUUUCUCCUCCUCCGCCCCCCUUCCCCCUCCUCCUCCCUCUCCUCCUCCUCCUUCUCUGCCUUAUCUGAGACCUCGAUGACUCGGCUCCAGGUUGGCGCUGAUUCAGCAGCCGAGGUUGCUGAGUCAGCACAACCAGCAGGAGAAGAAGAGAGGGGAAAAGGAGGAGGAGGGGAGGAGAGAGGAGAUGUGAGUGCGGCAAAAGGGGGAGCGGCAGAAGGUUCCAGGAAGGAGCACGAGGAGCAGCAGAUGGAGUGCGAUGUUCGAUAUGCCGCAUCAUUCUUUGGCUACGGCUUCUACGGUGCGGUGACCAAGGAGAGCGAGGCUCUCAGGUGGAUGGGGCCUGCCAGAUACGACUAUGCGGGGUUCAUGACGUACAUGCGGCACAGGUCCUACGAGGCGGAGGUCUCCUUCUUCCACGUGCCGGAGCCCGACCAACCUUCGGCACCCAGAAAAAGCACCAAGCCCCAUGCGGAGAUCUGCACUGUUGGAUGCUCCGUGUGCGCCAACGGCCAGGAUCUCUCGCUGCUGGCGCGGUCCGCCCUUGGAUUCGAGGCCAUCGGCCCUUCCCAGUCUGCCGUCGGCCUGGCGGCUCUCCUUGAACCCCUCACUUCUCCUAGUGCUGUUGCAGCUGAUGGUGGUGGUGGUGCUGCUGCUGCUGCUGCUGCUUUUGUUGCCCCCCACACUGAAACUGCUUGUGAUAGGGUGGCUUCUGGUGUUGAUGCUGCUGCUGCUGCUGCUUCAGCUGAUACUGCCACUGGAGCUGCCGCUGGAGUUGCUGCUGGUGCUGCCACUGCUGGUGCUGCUAGUGCUGCCACACCCACAGAUGAUGCUGCUUCUGCUGCUGCUCCUCCUCCUCCCACGGUUGCGGCAUUCUUUGAGUCUACUACAGACUGUUCCUAUGACGAUGGCACGACAAGUCAAUCGCCCAGCGCUGCCCACGCUGACGUGGUAGCGUCGCUGCAGCCGCUGACGUGGGACGAGGCGACACCAGGCUGGUGCACCGUGAGAGGCCGGUUCCACAGCGUGGGCGGCGCGGUGAUCUCGUGUCGCAACGAGAAGGCGCCAGAUGGUGUCGCGGCGCACGCCCACCUGGCAGAUGGAAACCUGAACCUUAUCAUGAUUCGAGAGUGCUCCCGACCCGAAUACCUCCAGCAGCUGCUGUGUCUGGCAAUCAAAGGCGCGGAUCCCCUCAACUUCCAUUUCGUUGAGCACCACAAGACCCCAGCGUUCACGUUCAAGGCAGUGGGCGAGCAGGGCUUCUGGAAUGUGGACGGCGAGCUGGUGGAGGCGAGUGAGCUGUCAGCUCAGGUGUUCCGAGGGAUGGUGGACAUGUUUGGAAGCGGACCCGAGGUGUGAGGUGUGAAGGGUGACGUGAGGUGUGAGGGGGUUGUGAGGGAGUAAUAAGGGGUGGCACAAAAUGGGAGGGUGUGGGAGGGACUUUUUAGGAUUCUCAGUGUAGGUGAGGCGUGAGGGAGUGACGGGGAGAAGAGGGAGAGUAGGAGUGAUAGUAGAGGCCAGCAGUAGGAUGAUGGAUGAAUCAUUUCUAAUUGUAUGUAAUCUUCUAACUAGGUACAUGCAAGCAUGUGAGAAUCUUGUUGCGCUAUGCUGUACUUUCUCUAUCGUGGGCCCUUACCAGACCCAAUCGUCCCAAUUUUGUGAAUCGAAGCGCA